CGCACACGACAUUUAGAGGCUUUAAGCUUUAACUUCAUAGAGUCGGGGACUGCGCUUUUGCACCAUCAGAGACAAAAUAAAUGGAGCAGGACGCGUUCGCGUCACUGGCUGUCCUACAGCUCUCAUCUCCAUGCCGUCUACUGCCACUGGCUUGUUGUCCUGACAAGGACCUUGUCGUCCUGGUGUCUCGCCUUGGUGGAAGGGAUAGGUUGACUUUAUGGAAGAUGCAAGGAACCAAAAAGUGGGACAUCGAGGUAGAGUGCGAUGAAAGCUCCAUUGAAAGCGUAUCAGCUUUAGCGUGGAGUCCUUGUGGCCAGACAAUCGCUGUCUCUCAUGGGUUCUCCCGCGUCACCCUUCAUUCUGUGCAAGAUGGUCACAUUGAGCGUUCUCUCACUAUCCCGCCAUCGUCGCAUAAUUCUGAACGACAACAUCGAAUAACUGGAGCUUGGUGGUUCCCGGGCCACCGCGAUCUACCGAGAAGCACGAUACCAGAUAUCUUCAAGAGAAAUGAAAUUAAUACAGGGUCUGCUCUCUCCAUAUUGAAACUUCUUCCACUCCUUGAUCCCCUUCGAGAAGAAGAUAACAAGCUAACUGCCACCGACCUCUUUGCUUUCCAAGGAACGCAGACAGGAGCCGCGCUUAAGCCAUCCAUACCUGAAGUCAUCAGUGAUUGGCCAUCGUUGCUACCAGACCCAUCUCUCGCUUCUCUAUGCCCUCCGAUCUUGAUCGAUGAACAAGGCAAAACGGCAAAAGAUUCACAGAUUUUUACUUCUGAGGAAGACGAGAACAGUCUCCUUGUGGUAGGGGAUAAUGAUGGCAAGCUUCACUGUUUCUUGGACGGCAGCUAUUAUCUAGGGCCGAUCAGUACACUUCCAUCGACCGUGCCAACGGCAGUAUUCAAAGAUCCGAAGCAACCGCUAUUUUUUCUUCAUCCUCAGGCAUCAGCGUCCAACUUCUUGUCUGCCACGCUUGCACCUCUGUCGAUUGACUUACCGUUGCUUGCCUCCCAUAGAAUUAGAGAUUUCGCCAGGCUUUCCUCGGCCGCACGGGAGUUGAUGUGGUAUGUCAUGCGGAUCAUUGGAGACCUGCGUGAAGUCUGGUUUGGUUCUGAUUCACUUACUGGGGCACGAGAUGCUGGUCCGAAAUGGAUUCAGCUGCUAGAGACCAGACUUCGUGAUCAAUUUGGCCAGAAGGAACCUAGUGCCAUUCUGGAGCUCACUGGCCUCCUAGUCGCUGGUUUGUGUUCUGAGGGACUUUCGGAUUUCUUAUCGUCCAGCGAACAAAUGAGUGAAAGGGCUCUCCAGAAAUGGGAGUCUACGGUGACCGAUGCACUCAUCAAACUGCGCGACUUCUCUACGUUGCGACUUGUUCCUGCGCUUCAACGGCUACAUAUCAUUUUUGAAGAAGUUCUAGGAUGGUCACUUAUUCCUCAAUUCGUCUUGUUUGGAUUCAACACUGACGACAUUAACCAUUGUCUGUCUUCGCUAAAGCAAGGCAUCUUCAUUGCAAAUUUGUUGGCAUUUCAAGCACGAGGGGAACUUGGAUCAUUCAAACACUUCCUGAGUUUUCUUCGGUAUGAAAUCGCCUUGGCAGGUAACUCCCCCGAGACUCGCUCACCCCCUGAACAUGAUAUCCUUGAAGUCAAUCACUAUUUAAUGUCCGGGCUGAAGACAAGUCAAAUAGACCGGUGGUUCACAGGACCAGCUCCCCAAUUUGAUCCCGGAGAUCUUGGCCUGCCUCGACACAACACAGAUACUAACAAAGUUCUUGAAGAAGCACUGGAACAAGCCCACACCGCGUUGCAGGAUCCUUCCCAAACAGCAUGGCAGCCGAAAGUCUCCACGGCCGAUAAGUCACAUCUGGACCGGAAUCUGUGGGUACUGGUUCAUGAUUUGGCUGUCCGGUGUCAGCGGGUAUUCGCGCAUGUCUCGAAAGCUACCGCUCGAUCAGCCAUCGUGUCAGGUAGUGUUAGUGCUACGCCAUUUCAGGUGGAGGCGAGUGAAACGGUUUCAGGCGGUGCUUGUCAAUUUGUCCGGGAAAGAAUUAUUCGACAAAAUGAGCCUGGCAACCACCUGCAGUAUCUCGCGAUCUAUUUGGCCUCGGAAAUGCGGCCCCUUUUCUGCCUGACCCGGAUGCCUUACGCAAAAUGUGCCGCUGGGGUUCCGCUGCAUAUUGAUGUGAUUGUUAUGGAGUGUUCCAUAACUGGUCAUGAGCCCGGGGAUGUUACGAACAUUCAGCUUUGUAAUGCUGAGUUUUUUGACGAUGAGAUAGUUGUUAUUGUGUACAAAGUGAGAGGAACGGACGGUCCGAUAUUCGCAGGUACGGUUCAGUACAGCGCCCUAGAGUAUCAAACACAAUCAGAAGGAUACGUAAACGGGACCGGCCGAAAAGAUAUGAUAGCCAACGUGCUUGAAAGGUUGAAUGGGGAGCAUAGACCUAUGCCGAUCAAAAGAUGUCGCGAAUUGAGCGGGUGCAAAGACGGAUCAGUAUGUUUGGCAGUCAACGGAAGAGUUGGAAGGAGAGUUGUUUGUAUACUUGACGGUGAAGGGACGACGAUGGACAUACUUGAUAUGGAAGGAGAUGAAGAUGUGGAAGCUGAGGAUGAAUCCGAGAUGUAACGAGAUUCGGUCCGUUGGGGACACGGCGUGUCUAAGCCGGAUGACUAUGUCCUUUAGGGUCGUGAAUCUCCAUUAGUGCGUUGAUCGCGGUCACUGCGGUGAGUUGGAGUGAGCCGUCAAAACGCGGCUUUUUCAGAGUGAAAUGAAGCCAUCGAC